AUGAUAUUCGUGACGGUGCUUAUGGUGGCUGAUGAUCAGUUGCGGUCCUUCAAUUACUUAGCAGAUGAUGAUGUGAGGAAAAUAUUGAGCUACCAUGUGGUGUUCGGUUACUACGAUCAGACGAGACUGAAAGCAUUGACGGCCAGGACCAUCCUCCCAACGCUUUACCAAGGAUCUACCUUGACUGCCAACUACGAUGGGAAUGGUGUUGUUACCUUUAGAUCAGCCAAUGCGGGUCCCGAAAUGAAUGUUAAAUUGAUCGGCACUGUUGAAGCUCAUCCCCAUAGCAUUUCAAAAAAAAUCGUUUCGACAGCACGAUCAACACCUAAUGAUGAAUCAAGCAACAAUGCACCAUCUCCGUCCAACGCUAACUCAAUCAACAAUGCACCACCUCCACCCAAGGUUAAACCAAGCAUUAAUGCACUAUCUCCAUCCAAGGCUAAACCAAGCACUAAUCCACCAUCUGAAUCUCCAUCCAAAUCGAAGUCGAGCCUGACUACACAGUCGUCCGUUGCACCAACAGAGGAUUAUAAUGGCGAAUAUGACAGCGUCCAGCCUUCAGUAACAUCGCCGCUUAAACCAUCUAGCAAUACACCACCACCAGCCCCAACAACUUCUAUUGAAGCUCCAGCUUCUGCUAAAUCUACUGCACCCGAACGUCUAAGUUCUGGGAAUUAUCUUGCUUCAGUGCUUAUGAUUCUCAUUGCUGCUCGGUUCUUGUUUAACAUUAUUUGA